CUUGACUUAUUUCUGGCUGCUCUUUCUCAGCUGCUUCUCUUUCAAGCCUCUCCGAUGCCUACGUCACCACUUUUCGCCGAUGUGAUGAAAAAGCGUGUAAUCAUCUCCUAGUUGUGCUUUUUUUUUAUGUACUGCUAAAAGUCCUCCCUGAUACAGAUGCAAGAUGAGGAGCGCACACCUGGUGCUGUGUGUUCUUGCUAGAACAUACCUGCUGCUGUGGCUUCUUGGGACCCUCGUCGAAGGAGCUCGUCAAGGGCAGGACAUCAAAUGUGGAGCGUGCCGGGCCCUAGUUGAUGAGAUGGAGUGGGCUAUCUCCAAGGUAGACCCAAAGAAAACCAUCCAGACGGGAUCAUUCAGGAUUAACCCUGAUGGCAGCCAGUCAAUUAGAGAGAUUCCUCUGGCCCGCUCGGAAGGAAACCUCCUGGAUUUGAUGGAGGAUGUUUGUGAGAGGAUGAAGGACUAUGGGGAGCAUGUGGACCCCAACUCUAGCAGAAAGACCUAUAUCAGGGUCGCAUCAAGAAACGGUGAACCCAUGGACCUCUCGGAGGCCAAACUGGAUUCUACAGUUACCUCAAGUCUUAAGUUUGCGUGUGAAACGAUAGCCGAACAGAAUGAAGACGAAAUCAUUGAAUUCUUCUCUACUGAGACAGAAAACGUCAAAGACAAGCUUUGCAGCAAGAGAACAGAUCUAUGUGACCAUGCUCUGAAAAUGCAUCACGAUGAACUUUGAUGUUUUCCACCUUGGCGGAUGUCUCCUUGAGGCAUCUCAUAAAACUGGUCAUAGUGGUGGCUAUGGUCACAAGUUUACAUCAUGGCAUUGAAAUAAUUCCCCAGCAGCACUAAUAAACGUAAAAUAAAAAAUGUAAGUGCCAAAUAUAUUAUCAAAUCUACCUUUUUAUAAAAAUAAAUAACCUGUUAACGAUAAUCAUGUAGUCAUUGUGACACAUUUGUAGAUAUUCUAGCUAUUGCAAAUUAUUGCAUUCGGACCCAGAUUAGAAACACAACCUCUUUGUGCCCUCUUGCUGUAUCAUUUCUGUAGAACGCAUUUAUAUGUGAACUGUCUGCAUUUUGAAAGUGAAUAUGUGUGAAUAUUCCCCAGAUUUUAUACAUUUUGUUACCUCAAUCAAAAUAAAUUUGUACCACAUCAA